AUGGUUAUCUACCAGCGGUUAUGGUCCCAAGUCCACGAACUGGAUCUGCUUUGUCAAACGUGGUUUGUGCAGGAGACAGUGGUGUGCCUCUUCACCAUCACCUUCCUGAGAUGUGGCCACAGCCCAACCCUCAAGCAGGCCACAAGGGACCAGGCAAGAGCCCCAGCUCAGCCUCAGGCCUGCUUACCACUCAGCUACCCCAUAAAGGAGAGCUGCCAUAAAAGUACAGCCCAGCAUACAUCAUCAGCCCAGAGCAUGGCUUCCUCUAGUUUCACAUCUAAGGCCUCUGAAUGUCCUAUCCUCUGGACGGUUCUUUCUCACAACUCAACAGACCCUGGAAAAGCCCCUGCUAUACCCCUUGCAGAGCCAGGUAAAGCUGUUCCUAUAUCCCAACAAGCUGUGUCUGCCGAUCAAAUGACACCCACAGCAGCAAGCUCUCAGCAGACAGAUGCCAAUGAUACAACAGUCACAGAAAGCAAGGUAACAGUCUCCAAUGAAGGCAGCCAAAUAAACACCCUUUGUGAUAAGCAAACUCCUCCCUACAGAAGCCAGCUAGCAACUCCUGAAGAGGACCACAUGAUGAACUCAAGUGGUGACCACACCCCAUUGGAAGACGAUCCAAUCAUUUCGGGAGGUGACCAAGACUUAUACUUGGGUCAAAUGAUCAUCCUCAACGCUGACCAGAAUUACCAUGGACAUCAGAAGAUGGCCCUCAAUCGUGACCAGAAUGUCUACAGAGAUGACAUGAGAACUCUCAGUGAUCAGACCUACUGUAAUGGUCAAAUGAUGCCCUUCAGUGGUAACCAGCCUGUCUACAGGAGUCAUAUCGAAAUUGCCAUGGAAGACCUGACCCAUGGAGCUCAGAUGAUACCUCACAAUGGUAACCAGGAUUUCACUGAAGGUCAGAAGACAACCUCCACCAAUGACUUGAUCUAUGGGCCUCAGAUAACACCCCACAAUGGUAAUCAGGAUUACUUUGUGGAUCAGAAGAUAACCCCCACCAACGAAGUGAACCAUGGGGCUCAGAUAAUACCCCACAAUGGUAACCAGGAUUACUUUGUGGAUCAGAAGAUAACCCCCACCAACGAAGUGAACCAUGGGGCUCAGAUAAUACCCCACAAUGGUAACCAGGAUUACUUUGUGGGUCAGAAGAUAAACCCCACCAAUGAACUGAACCAUGGGGCUCAGAUAACACCCCACAAUGGUAACCAGGAUUUCUUUGUGGGUCAGAAGAUAAUCUCCACCAAUGAACUGAACCAUGGGGCUCAGAUAACACCCCACUAUGGUAGCCAGGAUUUCAUUGGGGAUCAGAAGACAACCUCCACCAAUGGCUUGAUCUAUGGGCCUCAGAUGAUGCCCCACAAUGGUAGCCAGGAUUUCAUUGGGGAUCAGAAGACAACCUCCACCAAUGGCUUGAUCUAUGGGCCUCAGAUGAUGCCCCACAAUGGUAGCCAGGAUUUCAUUGGGGGUCAGAAGACAACCUCCACCAAUGGCUUGAUCUAUGGGCCUCAGACAACACCCCACAAUGGUAAUCAGGAUUACUUUGUGGAUCAGAAGAUAACCCCCACCAACGAAGUGAACUAUGGGGCUCAGAUAAUACCUCACAAUGGUAACCAGGAUUACUUUGUGGGUCAGAAGAUAAACCCCACCAAUGAACUGAACCACGGGGCUCAGAUAACACCCCACAAUGGUAAUCAGGAUUACUUUGUGGGUCAGAAGAUAACCCCCACCAAUGAAGUGAACUAUGGGGCUCAGAUAAUACCCCACAAUGGUAACCAGGAUUACUUUGUGGGUCAGAAGACAAUCUCCACCAACGAACUGAACCACGGAGCUCAGAUAACACCCCACAAUGGUAGCCAGGAUUUCAUUGGGGAUCAGAAGACAACCUCCACCAAUGGCUUGAUCUAUGGGCCUCAGAUAAUACCCCACAAUGGUAACCAGGAUUACUUUGUGGGUCAGACGAUAACCCCCACCAACGAAGUGAACCACGGGGCUCAGAUAACACCCCACAAUGGUAUCCAGGAUUUCAUUGGGGGUCAGAAGACAACCACCAAUGGCUUGAUCUAUGGGCCUCAGAUGAUGCCCCACAAUGGUAGCCAGGAUUUCUUUGUGGGUCAGAAGACAACCUCCACCAAUGGCUUGAUCUAUGGGCCUCAGAUGAUACCCCAUGAUGGUAACCAGGCUCUCUGCAGAAGUCAGAGGACAACUCACUGUGGUGAUCAGACCUUUUAUGGAAACCAGAUGCCCUAUGUGGACAGAUUUUCAUAUAUUCCAAAUUCUCACUUGGCCCAAGGACAACCUCCAGAAUGCUUUUCAAGCUUUCCUUUGGGUCAAAGAAAUCUGGAUGGGAAGGAGGACCUCAGGACUCCAACUCCUCAGGUGCAGAAGAACAAUCGGAAGUCCCACGUGUGCAGUUACCAGAACUGUGGACAGGCAUAUUCAAAAUCUUCCCACCUCAGAGCCCAUAUGCGCAAACACACUGGAGAGAAGCCCUACAAAUGCAACUUUCCUGGAUGCUCGUGGAAAUUCUCCCGCUCAGAUGAGCUCAACCGACACAAGAGAAAGCACACUGGGAUGAGGCCCUACCCGUGUACGAAGUGCAACAAGAACUUUGCACGAUCAGAUCACCUAAGGAACCAUGAAAAAAUGCACAAGUAG